UCUGACCGCUACACAGCGCGGACGUCUCGGUUUCCAGGAAUUUUAAUUCUCGCGAAGUUAUCGUCUUGAUUAUAAUACAGUGGCCUGUGUUGUGUUGUGAUUAUUCGAUCAAGUUUCUUCGGUUUGCCAUGUCGACUUCCAAGUGUUGAAGUUACAUCGUCAGCAUACCGACCAAAAUGACCAUCCAACCAUUCAGAAGGAAGUCGUAUAAAAUUCUAAGCACGUACCUUAACACGUAAAAAAAGUUUAAAAGGACCACAGACUAAAAAAAAAAACAAUUUAUUUAAUUUUUAAGUAGUGCAAUUUUGUUCCUGUUAUUUUAUUUACCGAGUGAUAUUAGUUUUAAUAGUGUAGUGUUGUGCCAUUGUCGAUAGUUUAUUUAUCGAUAAGUGAAGAUGUAUAAGAAAAUGUGGUGUGUUUUUGUUGCGAUUAUUGGAGUGGCUGCGGGGAUGGACAGGAGCCAUUUGCCGCCAACCUGCUCUAGCAAUAUCUACUGUCAUGGCCCGCUGCUGGACACGGUGCAGAUGGCAGGGCUGUACAAUGACUCCAAGACCUUCGUUGACAUGAAGCUGAAGCUGUCUGCCGAUAUCACCAUGGACCACUUCCACGAAAUGAUGGCCAGGACAGGUUCACAUCCGACCAAAGCUGACAUUCAGGAGUUCGUCAACCAGAACUUUGAUCCCGAAGGAUCUGAGUUCGAGGACUGGAGACCUACUGACUGGAAGGAUAACCCUGCGUUCCUACAAAACAUCAAGGAUCCACUGCUGCACGAAUGGGCUGCCGACCUGAACCGCUUGUGGCUGCAAUUGGGCAGGAAGAUGAAGCCUGAUGUUAAGGCCAACCAGGAUCUGUACUCCAUCAUAUACGUGGACAACCCUGUUAUUGUGCCUGGUGGUCGUUUCCGUGAGUUCUACUACUGGGACUCGUACUGGAUCAUCAAGGGUCUUCUACUGUCUGAGAUGAGGUCCACUGCUAAGGGUAUGGUCUCCAACUUCAUGGACAUUGUCGAAAGGAUCGGCUUCAUACCUAAUGGAGGCAGAAUAUAUUACGCUAUGAGAUCACAGCCUCCCCUCCUAAUUCCCAUGGUUAAACUAAUCCUGGAUGACAUGGAUGACAUCGAGUUCCUCAGACAACACAUCCAUACCUUGGACAGGGAGUAUGAUUACUGGAUGACCAACCACACCAUUGAAGUCAACCAUAAUGGGCAUAGAUACACCCUAGCAAGAUACUACGACCAAUCACAAGGACCCAGACCUGAGAGUUACAAGGAAGACGUCGAUGUCGCCAGACAUUUCGACACAAAUGACAAGAAGGAAGAAUUGUAUGCCGAGUUGAAAGCUGCGGCUGAGUCCGGAUGGGACUUCUCAUCCAGGUGGUUCAUUCUUAAUGGCACCAACAAAGGUAACCUAACGAACCUGAAAACUCGGUCCAUCAUCCCUGUGGACCUGAACGCCAUCAUGUGUUGGAACGCGCAACUACUCCGGGACUUCCAUACCAGACUCGGCAACGUCGACAAGGCAGAAUACUAUAGAAACGUGCACGCCAGAUUCAUGGAUGCCAUUGAACAGGUGCUCUGGCAUGAAGACGUGGGUGUCUGGCUGGAUUACAGUCUGGAAUCUGGCAGGCGUCGGGAUUACUUCUACCCGUCCAACGUGUCGCCGCUCUGGGCAGUCUGCUACGACCAGGCGAGGAAGGAUUAUUACGUCAACAGAGUCGUCAAUUAUUUGGAUAAAGUUAAAGUAGACAUAUUCGACGGAGGCAUUCCAACGACAUUUGAGCAUUCCGGAGAACAAUGGGACUACCCGAACGCCUGGCCUCCUCUACAGUACAUAGUGGUGAUGGGCCUCGCCAACACAGGCCAGCCCGAAGCCAUGCGACUGGCCAGCGAGAUCGCUACUAAAUGGGUCCGGUCUAACUUCGAAGUUUGGAAGCAGAAGACUGCUAUGCUCGAAAAGUAUGAUGCGACAAUUUUCGGCGGUCUCGGCGGGGGUGGCGAAUACGUCGUACAAACUGGCUUCGGAUGGACCAAUGGCGUUAUAAUGGCCAUGCUGAACCGAUGGGGAGCGGACGCGUUCGGGACCGGCGCGGCGGUGGACUCGGGCGCGGUGUACGGCGCCCACGUCGGUGCCAGUGGAGUCGCCACGGCCAUUCUAGUUGUUUUGGCCUCUUUGGCUGCUGGAACUCUUGGACUAAUGGUGUAUAGAAAACGAAAAGAUUACAUCCGAGUAUCAGGCGGUGAAGACUACAAGCUUCUUUCCAGAAAACCCUACACGGAACUGAGGAGCCUCAACGGGGCAUCGAACCCACGUCAACGAUGAACACAUACCUACCUCUUAACUACUCGACCGAUGCAACGUGAGUGAAAUGGUUAUCCGACUUCUAAACGAAGUUAUUGGAUAACUGUGAGCCGUAUUUUGGGUAAAUUUGAAAAUACAAUAAUAUUACAAGAUUCUAAGACACGCUAGAUUGUUAAAACUAAUAGAAAUCACUUUAACAAUCUUCCAAUGAAUUGUAUAUUUGUGUUUUGAAUAAUUAUCUAUACCGAUAUGUAAAUGAUAAAGAUAAAAUCCACUUACUAACAAAGUAAAUGUUAGUAUUUAUUACAAAUGAUUUUGACUAUAGAUGUCUAGCGUGUCACAUUAAGAAAAUAAUGAAUAACAAUAAAAUUCUUGCCGUUUCAAUCCAUAACUAAGUUUUCCUAUAUAUGGAUAAGCUCAAUGUUAAAAUAAAAGGCGUAAUUUUUUAAUAUGAAUAAUUAUUAUUUCACAUUUAAAUCUAUUUUGAGCAAUGGAAUAAAGUCGUCAUUUGCUUUAAACUCAAAUACAACUAGUAAAAUUUUAACAUGAAUUCUAUAUGAGUUUUUAUUGAGAAAAAAAUAUCUAAUAUUAUUUGUCUAUCUACUAUCUGCUCAAAAACAAAAAUAAUGUUAAAAAAUGUUACAUUUUACAAAAAUAUUUCGAAACAAAAAAACAUUAAAAAGGCGUUUGUAUAAUACCAGUUCUCCAGUGCUGUGAAAUUUCGGCCGAACUGCGAUUUUCGAGCGUAAACAUUGCGUGGCAUUAAUGACAAAAAUCAGAAGAAAAUUUUGACUAACAACACAUCACGUUCACGCUAAGAAACCGCAGUCCAGCCUUAACUUGUAAAUAAAUAGCUUACAAAUAAAUAUUAUCGCUUGUAAUAGAUUUAGUCUUAGGUUUAAUACUUUAGUAAAAUGAAAAAAUGUUGAUACAGUUUAGUUUUGUCGUUUGAUUUAAUUUAAAUCAUUAAUUAACUUCUUCAAAAUAAUUCGUAAAGAUUCAAUGUCUACUUACGCGUGUAAGAAAAAUAUGGUACAAUCAUUUAUUUACUAAUCUCAUGUGUAUCCUAGUUGGAAGCUCAAGUUUUUCAUUAUAAAGCAAUACAAGUAUACUUUUGUCUUUUUAAUUGCAUUCUGAAAUCGUAUUACUGUUAUAUUUUACUUUUAUUUAUAUCCUUGUCUUUAUGGAGCAAUUAUUCUAUAAUAUAAAACAACACUUAUUGCUAAAUAUCUAGUAAAUCACUAAAAAUAAGCUUUAAUCAAAUUGGUCCUUUUGCAACCCAAAGGACCAGACUAUAAAGUUACAAUCAACGCCAUCUAGUACAAAGGUGAUGAACUAUUUAUGACAGCAACAUCAUUCUAUAACUCUUCGGUUGCAAGCAAAUACUUUACUGUAGUUUAAGUUGUGUAUAGAUGGAAUUGCUUGUAAUUGGGUAGUUGAUAGGAUAUGAAAAUUAAAAAUCGAAUUAGUCCGACAUUUAAGUCAUGAAAAAAUAUUAGACUCGGAUUUUUUUUAAUCGUCGUAAAGUAAAACUCUAAAACGUUUAAGUUUAGGAGCGAGAGGUCGCUACGUGACAUGUUCCUAUAAAUAUAAAACGUUGCGACUCCUGACGUUACACGAUAUUACAAAUCAAUAUAACAUCGAAAGUAUUUAUUCUGAUAAUAAAAGAAAAAAAUACGUGUCUAAUAUUUAAACAUUAAUCUACCAAACAUACAUUUAAAAAAAAUAGCAAACUACCCAAUUGUGACCUUAAUUCUACUAUAAAAAUGUCAUAAGUAUUAUAUUUUUGUAACAUCAUAAUAAUGUUUUAAAAAUUAAAAGGAACACCUUCGUGUACCACCAGGCGAGAUAGUAGUCAAACAUCGGCCCAUCAAAUAUAAAAACAAAAUGUAUUUACAAAUAUUUCACCUCAAGAUUUGUAAAUGGCCAAUACCGUACCUAUUACUACAGUUUUUAAUUCGCCCCAUGAAGACUAAGGAUACAUUUAUAUUUAGCUAUUUUUUACUCCAGAACAAAGUCGAUAGUCAAUAUUUUUAUAACAAUAGGUAUUAAAUGAGUAUUAUUAGAUAUAUUAGUUUAGCCUUAGUAUGUAAGUAGACAAUUUUAAUUGCCCAACUAAGUGUACAGUCUGCUCGGUUUUUGUACAUGUUUUAUGCAUUUAUAUUAAAAAUGGAAUACGAUUUCAGAAUGCAAGACAAUAUUGUUUUAAAUUCACAUUUUGACAUUCAUAUUAUAUCGUGUAUAACAAAUUAUGUAUAUUCUUUUCAUUUUAACUCGAGUAAUCAACAUAUGAUUUAAUAUAGUCUACUAUAUUACGUUUUCACUAUAUUAUUUUUACUUAUAUUGGUUACGAUUUUUUAAAUUCUAAUCUUAAUAAAUCCUUACCAAUAUUGUUUUGUAUUUUUCAUUAAUCAAUUUUUGUUGACAUGUUUUAUUAAUUUUAUGGAAAAUGAGCUUCAUCGGUGCUGGUCACCAUUAUUAUAAGUAAUAUUCUUCAUUUAAUAUUAAAAUUAUAUCGAUCAUGACAUAAAAAUACAUUUUAUA